CAAACGGUCCGAAUCCACACAGCUGAGGUUUGCGCUAACAACGGUGGAGAGGGAUUCUGCAGAGGAAUUGUUAGACAGAGCCAAAUAUCAGCCAGACCCGUCUAGUCAACAGCAGAGCAAAGCAAUGGCGUCUGUCAAGAGAAAGGGGAUCCUGGAGCGCUUGGACGCGGGAGAAGUGAUCAUCGGUGAUGGUGGCUACACCAUGCAGCUCGAGCGAAGGGGCUACGUGAAGGCGGGACACUGGACACCGGAGGCGGCAGUUGAGCACCCCGAAGCAGUAAUUCAGCUCCACCGGGAAUUCCUGCGGGCCGGUGCUGAUGUCAUGCAAACGUACACCUUCUACUCCUCUGACGAUAAGCUGGACCUGAGCGGGAAUGCCCCCAACGUCACAUGUCAGCAAAUCAACGAGGCGGCGUGUGACAUCGCCCGGGCGGUGGCCAAUGAGGGAGGAGCGCUGGUGUUGGCGGGCGUGUCCCAGACGCCCGUCUACAAGGACCGCAGCAGCGAGGCCGUCGUCAAGGCCGUCGUCAAGCAGCAGCUGGACGUCUUCCUCAGGAAGGACGUGGACUUCCUCAUCGCCGAGUACUUUGCUAAUGUGGAGGAGGCGGUGUGGGCAGUGGAGGUGCUGGUGACCAGUGGGAAGCCGGUGGCGUCAACGUUGUGUAUCGCACCUACAGGAGACCACGUGGGGGUCAGUCCUCAGGAGUGUGCCGUCAGACUCGUCAAGGCAGGUGCCCAGAUUGUGGGGGUGAACUGCCAUGUGGACCCCACGCAGUGCCUGCGCACGGUGCGGCUGAUGAAGGAGGGGCUGGACGCCGCCGGACUCACGGCUCACCUCAUGAUCCAGCCGCUGGGCUUCCACUGCCCCGACGCCGCCGCAGAGGGAUACAUCGGCCUGCCCGAGUUCCCCUUCGCGCUGGAGUCCAGGGUGGUGAACCGCUGGGACGUGCACAGGUACGCUCGUGAGGCGUACGCGGCGGGCAUCCGCUACAUCGGCGGCUGCUGCGGGUUCGAGGCGUACCACAUCCGCGCGCUGGCCGAGGAGCUGGCGCCCGAGAGGGGCAUCCUGCCGCCCGCCUCCACCAAGCACGGCCUGUGGGGCAGCGCCCUGGAGGGCAGCAGCAAGCCCUACGUCAAGGCCAGGGCCAGUCGUGCCCACUGGGAGGCGCUCAAGCCCGCCUCUGGAAGACCCCUCUGCCCAUCACUGUCCAUCCCCGACGCCUAGAGACCCUCUCUGGCCUUCAUUGGCUAUUCCUUAAACCCGCCUCUGCCCCUGAUUGGCUAUGCCAUAUGUACAUGUAAAUCCAUAAUUAUGUAAAUCCAGUUUUUAUGGGAUUUUAGUGAUUAUUAAAGAAAGAUGAAUCAUA